GGGGCACUUCCUGGUUGGAGGCCGCCGCUCCUGGGGCAGCAGAGCGGGGAAGUGCCGCUGGCGAGGAGGCGGACGGAGGCCCUGGGAGGAGGGAGAAGAGGAAGGCGAGCAAAGGUCAGAUACUGGAUUGGAUACAAGGGUUAGCUCUCCAGGAAAAGAGAAAGAUCAAAGGACAUGUAUACCUCUGAGAAACCUUCUCCAACAAGAUACCUUGCUUCAACACCUGGUUUGGAUUACAUGCGAAGAAGUUUCCAGUCAUGAAUUAAUUAUCUCAUGGCUCAUGACUGCACACACAACACUUGGUGAAGUGGAAUUACUGCAGAGCCCUGCCAGUUCCUGUCGCUCCGCUUUGUCACAUUCUGAGGACGUGCUAUGAAGGUGACAUCACGCAGACUGCAGCUUCCAGCUGGGUUGGCCCAUGGCUGGGCACGGCUGAUGAAGAUGAUUUAAUUUUAAGGUGUGCUUAUUUAAGCAAAGCAUGUAGAGGUAAUUGUGAAUUAAAUCUAAGUAGAUGGCCUGAAUAUGUAUUAUUAUCUACUUAUUUAAUUUUCAUGCCAUUUUAUUUGAAUUUUGUUCUUACGGUGCUCUUAUUAACUAGUAAGCUUUAAUAAGGCCAUAUGAUUAAAAAUAUGGUCCUAGCCAUAUUACAAAGACUGAUUAAUGUUUGUAGAAUUCUUGUAAGUCUCUUAGUCAAUUACUGCUUACUGAUUGCUGAUAGUAAGAAUGGCUGUUUUAAAUUCUUUGCAGUAUAUAUAAGACUCUUCAAUCCUAAUUUCAUGUUUUGACACAAGCUUUCUCCAUGGAACAUUACUUAACAGGGCUGCCUUGGUUUCCUUGCUCUCACUUUGUGUCCUUUGAGGAUGGUUUUGAAAUUGCUUUGAGAUAGCUUUUUAGUAGCAGCUAAUUCUCCUAAUCUCCAAAGUGACCAUUUUCCAUUGGUGACUGUGCAGCGUCUCACAGGGGAUCCUGCAGAACUGCGAGUGUUCUGCUGUAAUGAAGCAUGAUUUUUCAUUAAGAUGAGAGUUCAAUUAUCUUUCUUCAGGCAGUUCAGUCCCUACUUUCCUAUCUUCCACCUGUUAUUCCUCAUGCAAUACAACUGCAACAAGUUCUACUCUGAAGAAAUGCUGACUUUUAAAAGCUGGAGGGGAAGGAGUGAAUGUUUUUUGCAGUUGGAUUUUUUGUGUGUGUGCCAAGCGUGGCUGUGUGUAUCGAUUUUCCUCAUAGCUUUACUUUAUCUUUAGAUUUUUUUUUUUCUAAUUUUUGCUUCUGGGUGGAGGAAGAAGCUUCCUAGUCAAAAUCUUCCCCUUCCUCUGUAGGUUUUUACUUCACAAUAUACAUACUAAACAUGAACAGAAGUUAAAGAUGAAAGAAAAAUAUCCGAAUAAAAUGGCUCUUAUCCUAUUGCUGCCUGAAGUGUGGUAGAAGGGCACCAGUGCUGUUAAAAUCCCUGACUGUUGUCAGAUGCUUAAGGCUGGGAGAGUUAGCCUGGGAUGAGUGCUCCUCUUCAUGGUGUGUAGGUUGUUUUGUCUUCCUCACUAAUGUGCUCAUAUAUGGAAAUAAGUCUUUGGUUUUAUGAAACCAGUUCAGUAGUUCUAUGGUGAACAAAAUGGAAGACUAUUUUUGUAUAGCAGGCUUACUAUUGUCUGUAAUAAUGCCAGCAGUAAGGAUGUCAUGUUUAGGAGAAACGAUCGUAGAGACUGAUAUUGUACGGGCUUAGUCUGAACUCGCACUACAUUGGCAGGCUAAAUUAUUGACACUUAGGUUUGUAUAGGAUCUGUAAUUAGUAACUGAUGAUAAAAGAUAAAGGAGCUGUUGCUCAUUUCCAGACUCAGUGCUCAGUGAGGCAAUAUAAGGAGGAAGAUUAAUACAAUUGAAGGAAUUAUUAUUUUUUUAAAAAUUCCCUGGGGAACGGAAAAACAAGGAGAGUAGCCCUAUGUACUUGAUCAGAUCUUCUGUUCUUGGCAUUUUAAUGCUUUCCAGGGUGCAAGGAAAUCAGAGUCACAGGUUGAGGUUGGCAAGGACCUCUGGGUCCAUCUGGCCCAACCGCUGCACAAGCAGGGACAUCCACAGCUGGGUGCCCAGGACUACAUCCAGGUGCCUCAUGAAGAUCUUCAAAGAGGAGAUUCUAGAGACUUUCUGGACAACCUGUGCCAAUGCUCCAGCACCUGCAAGCACAUAAAUGCUUCCUGAUGUUAUAAGGAACCUCUUGUGUUCCAGUUUGUGGCCGUUACCUCUUGUCCUGGCACUGGUCGCUACUGGAAAGAGCCUGGCUCCAUCAUGUUUGCAGCCUCCCUUCAGGUAUGUUAUAUACAUUGAUAAGUUUCCCCUGAGCCUUCUCUAGGCUAAAGAGUCCCAGUGACUGUCAGAUUUGCAGCAAUCUGGAAGGCCACACGACUUUCAAGCCAGGUUUGACACGGUGCGUGCUUCUGACUUGUUAAGGUUUAGAAGUUAAAUAGGUACUUAUGGGAUGGUUCCUGGCUGAACCAUUGCAUAACAGGUGACAUAUUGCUUGAGAAGAGCCCUUGUGUGAGACCUAAAAACUCUGCAGGAGAGCAGCUUGGUAUGUGUGCCCUUGCGUAUUUGAUAUGGAGAUCUGUUUUUCAAGUGUUGGGAGUGCUGACUGCUGUCCAGAAAGCAGAUGAAUUCCACCAAUAUAAAUCUCAAAUUUGUACUGCUUUCAUCCAGGAAAACAUUCUUAUUACCUCCUAACAUCCUAAGUAUUUCAAGUCCCCAAGUUAUCCUUAACAAUAACGCAGUUUUAAAUAAUAAUCAUAAAAAGGCACUUUCCAUCCUGUAACCAAGAAAUACUAAAUGGUUACAAGAAUGUAAACGGUAUUUUUACAAGGUUUCAUUUCAUGGUAUCUCAAGUACUAAGCCAGAAGCAGAUACUUAAAGCCCCAUUUCUAGUAAGUUCUUUAAUUGAGAUGCUUUUCACGCAGCUCUUGGCAAGUACCAGUAAGAAUUCUUACCCCAGACCAUAACAGUGAUGUGUUACAGGAGCAGUGUCCUGUGAGGCUGUUUGUUCAAAUCCUCUUGUUUAUUAUUAGCCGGGCUGUAGGCUGCAAUGGAUACCACUGCUAUGUUGCCUGCACGACACUUCUUGCUAACAAAUGGCAUCUUUGUUUGAGUAUCUGCAGUUCGUGUAGCUGUAGAGGGGCCAUGCCUUGAAAAAGAGUGAGCCGAUGCCAAAUAGCUCAGUUACAUGGAACAAUUGCUCCAAGCGGAGGAGGAGAACUUUACCCUUUUACUUUCGGAUGCAGUGGUUUAGAAUGUGAUCUAGAAAUAAACAGGUUUACUUCAUGAAGACUAAAAGUGAGUUUUACAAGGACUGGGCAGAAAACCUUGAUCUACAGAAUGGCGCAGAUGCCGAGCAGGAUGCUGCUGUCAAACUUGCCCAAGAACGAGCAGAGAUAGUUGCCAAGUAUGACAGAGGACGGGAUGGUGCACAGAUAGAACCAUGGGAAGAUGCUGACUAUCGCCUGUACAAGGUUACAGAUAGAUUUGGGUUUCUACAUCCAGAGGAGCUUCCUGUCCAUGAUGCAGCAAUAGAAAAACAAAAACACCUUGAAAUUGAAAGAACCACAAAAUGGCUUAAGAUGCUGAAAAGCUGGGAAAAAUACAAGAAUACUGAAAAGUUUCACAGGAGAAUUUAUAAAGGAAUCCCAUUGCAGUUCAGAGGGCAAGUUUGGUCUUUACUACUUGAUGUCCCUAAAAUGAAAGAAGAAAUGAAAGACUUGUACAGUAAAUUGAAGUGUCAAGCACGAGGGUCUUCACCAGAUAUUAGGCAAAUUGAUCUCGAUGUAAAUCGAACAUACAGAGAUCAUAUUAUGUUUCGAGACAGAUACGGUGUUAAGCAACAAUCUUUAUUCCACGUUUUAGCUGCAUAUUCCAUAUAUAAUACGGAAGUUGGAUACUGUCAGGGAAUGAGCCAGAUCACAGCUUUACUCCUAAUGUACAUGAAUGAAGAAGAUGCCUUCUGGGCCUUGGUGAAACUUCUCUCGGGUCCAAAGCAUGCUAUGCAUGGUUUUUUUAUUCCUGGUUUUCCGAAACUUUUGAGGUUUCAAGAACAUCAUGACAAAAUACUGAAUAAGUUUUUGUCCAAACUUAAGCAGCAUUUGGACUCUCAAGAGAUGUCCACUAGCUUUUACACCACAAAAUGGUUUUUCCAGUGUUUCCUUGAUCGCACUCCCUUUAUGUUAAGCCUCAGGAUAUGGGAUAUCUACAUACUUGAAGGAGAGCGGGUUCUCACUGCUAUGUCGUACACAAUUCUGAAGAUACACAGAAAACAUCUGAUGAAAUUACAAAUGGAAGAGCUUGUAGAAUUUCUUCAGGAGACUCUAGCUAAGGAUUUCUUCUAUGAAGAUGACUAUGUAAUAGAACAGCUCCAAAAUUCUAUAUCAGAAUUGAAACGAGCAAAGUUGGAUUUACCAGUAGCUGAGGAAUUUUGGAUUUUUCACAUGUUCUUGAAGAACACACAAUGUGCAGUUUGGAGGAUGUCCUUGUGCUGCAGUACCAUGGACCCUUAUACCACUUCUUUCCUUCCAGUGUUUAUUAUGGCAGGAGGUAAAGAAGAUGAAUUUCCAAAGAAGCCGUUGGGGCAAAUUCCAUCAGGACCUCAGCCUGCUAUGCUUAAUUUCACUCCAAUGCUUAAUGGACAAAAUAGCACUGGUACACAAACAAUAAGAAGGACAGAGAGGAGACCGUCUCCUGUAGAAGAAUCAGAAAAUGCACCAAAUAACCGAAAAAGAAUUAAUUCCCUGGAAAAACAACCUUCCUUAAAACAGCAGAAGUCUCGCCCAAUAGACAUUCAGAGUAGUCAGCCUAAAAAUGAGGUUGAUGCCAGAAGAAAACCUCAACCAACAGGGCAAGACAACUCAAAACAAUAUGAUAAUGCAGCUGCUAACCAAAAUUCUAAUGCUACUUCACAUACAAGAAGGGAAUUUGUACCUAAGUGGAAUAAACCAUCUGAUAGCAAAAUUAUUGAAAAGACUAUGAAACUUACUGCAGAGGUGAAAGGAAGGCCAAUAAAUAAUUCUGUUUCAAGCUCACCACCAAGUCCUACAGAAACACAGCCUUUGAAUGUAAAACAAAAGAUGAGGGUUUUGGAUGCUGAUGAAGGUAAGCGAGGGUCUAAUGCAUCACAGUAUGACAACGUUCCAGAAGCUGAUAAUGAGAGUGAGAAUCCUGUUGAAGAGAUGCUUGAGAGAGUUCAUCCACAGAGUCCUAGGCAUGUAGCAUAUACUAAUAGUCCAAGAAAACAAACUGAAAAAAUACCUGCUCCAUUAAAAAUGUCCAACAAUUAUACCUUUACUUCACAAUCCAGAUCUCCAAAAUUUUCAAUGCAGUCUGAUGGACCACCUCGUGGACUAAAUGCAAAGCAGCCUCUGCCCUCCUAUAGCAAUCCUCCUACUUAUCAUGGAAAUUCUCCAAAGCAUAUCUCCAGCAUAAGCAAUACAAGUUCUAUACCUCUUCAUUAUCAUGGGAAUCGAACCAGCCCUUCUGGUAGGCCAUAUGGCUCUUUCAUUUCAGCAGAUUAUUCUCCUGAUAAAUUACAAGUGAAUUCCUAUCCUGCCGGUCGCCAAAAUCCUCUUUCACCAGCCCCUACUCGGAUAGACGUAGCCCCUGUCGAUACUUACACCAGCAACUUGAGGUCCCCUGCAGGUGUCAAAUUCAUAAUGCCUCCAGUGGAUUAUUUACCAGAAGACAGAAAGUGGCCAGAUGCUGCUUACGUGUAUAGACAUGAACCGUACAGGCAGCCCUGGAGCCAAGACGUUAACAAGGGCCACUUGGAUAAUUUCCAGAAAUACCAGCAUUUUCAGUCAACACCUUUUCAAGACCAUAGUCUUCCUGCUGUUUCUGUGGAUAGCCCAAUAAGAUACAGGACUUCACCAACCUUUGAAGAGCAUGGUUCACCACAGUACCAAUAUUCAAAUCCAUCAGCUCAAGUCCAACACUACCGAAAUAGAAAUGAUGGAUUAUCUGUGCAUGAAUCUGUGCUUCUCUGAGAAUGUCUGUUAUUAAAAUGGCAAGAUCCAUACCUAGUUAUACAUUACUGUGUUAGUAGUAGUCCACUUCAUAUCUUCUAUGAAAUGUGGACAGUUCGUGUGACUCUGCAAAAUUAACAACACUAUUUCAGAGAUGUUUCAGACUUUUCACCGAAGGCUAGGUGAGUUCUUAGACUUGCAUUGAAGCUAUUGAAAGUGAUCUGAUGCACAUUGACAUAGCAAUAGCAAUAAGAUCAUAUACACAGUAUGGCUAAUACUGUCAUUUUUCCUCAAAUUGAAAUAAGUUGUGUUAUGAUCUUUCUGCCUAAAACCUAACACAUUUGCGAGUUUUAUUUUGACUGACAUUGUUAAUGCACUGUAUUAAGUAUGUGUGUGCGUGAGUGUGCGCUUACAUACACAAAUGCAUAUGGAAAAGAACUAAAGAGUUUAAAUGUAAAUGCAUUUAACUUUGGACAGAGGUUGUGAAGUACUUUUAUUUUGUAUUAAUUUUUCUUUAUAAUUUAUUUGAGAAGCCAUUCAUUUUGAAUGGGAAUUUCUGUCAUUUUUAUACAUCUGCCUCAGUAUCCCUGUAUCUGUUCUGGGCAGGAGAGAUACUUUGGGAUUAUUAAUUAAAAUUUAUGUGAGAGUUAAUUUCCUCUCCUUUGACUACUGUUUGUCAUUUCCCUCAGCAAGAAGGAGCAGACAGGCAAGAGCAGAAAGCCAAAAACGUCUUUAUAAUCUGGCUAAGAAAUGGUGCUUAAAAUUCAGGGCAGUGUCUAGUUUCUUAGGUGAACUGAAAGUGGAUAAUUUUUACCUUUGCACCUAAAUCUACCUUCAGAAUGUCAUAUAUGCAAAAUAUUGGAGCGCAGUAAGAGUAAUGCCACAUCUAGAAAUGGUGCUGCACCCAUCACUUUUUUGCCAUGCUGUGCUGUCAGACUAAACAAAUUGGUUGCAAGGCCAAAUCUCAUAGGUAUUGGAGAAUUACCAGCUCCUCGACGCUCUCAAGAAGUACAUGCAGGAGUUUGAGACUUGGUUGUGACUUGAUAUCCCCUGAGCCGUGUGCAUAUGCAGUGUCCUUUCUCUUAAGCUUUGUCAUGUCAGUUCUAUUUUGUUCCCCCCUGCUAAAGAGCCAGAAGACUCAUGACUGUGAUUGGGCAUGGGCUGCUGAGAGAAUGUGUUUUUUUUUUUUUUAACUCUAAAAUCAACCUGACUGUUAAUAGGAAGCUUAGACUCCUGGUAACAUGUUUUUAAUGAGUGUUUGCAGCCUCUUCUGCUUUGUGUUUUCUUUCAUUGACUGUGAAAUGGGGGUGACAAAAAUGCAGGUUAAAGUGGCCCGUGUAGGAUGAGCGCCGGGUAGGAAGUGCUGGAUGCACCGACCUCUCAUUGAAGCCAAUGGGAGUUGAGGCAGAUAAGGAUCUUGCCAGAAGAGGUCCUUGGAGUGCUUAGCAGAGAUUUUCUGAAGCUUAAGGACCAAGCAUUGGUAUCACCAUCAGUUUUGGAUGGUUUAGAAGGUUGUCCUAUUAUCUUUUGUUUUGUAAGAUUUCUUAAAUAAAGACAUAGAAGUGGAUUAUUUUUUAUUUCCUCUAAAGAAUGAGCUUUAGUGCCUAUUAUUGCUGCAGGUUGGCUCUGUAAGUUUUAAGGUACAGAAGUAAAACAGUUUUUACAAAUGGAAGUAACAUUUACUUAGUAUAUCUCAAAAACUUUUUGUGUAUAUGAUGUGUCUGAUGUAAUUUUUAAUGAACUGGGCAAUUUUAUAUUUUAAGGAUUGCAAACUGCAGCGAAGUAACGGUAGCAAAGCACUACACUGAAACUCUAAAAUGGUGAAGAUAAAUAUGACUUGGGCUUACCUUAGUUCUGAUUGCUUACAGCAGCUUAGAAAUGUAUGUAUAUAAUAUUGUGGCUAAGUGUAAUAAUCUCAGUGUUUAACGAUGGUUCUGUAAUUCAUAACAAAGCUGUACAAUUUAUUUGUGCAAGCAACACGAAGCUCCAAAAUAUGUAUCAGCAGUAGUAAAUACUGUAGAUUUUUAUAUAUAAAAUAUAUGCACACUAUUUUCUUAUGUCAUCUGCAACAGUUUUAUAACUGUGUAUCCUAUUUUGAUGUGACUGUAUUUUUAACAUGUUAAAAUAAUAAUAAUUAAGCUUC